CAGAAGUUACCCAAUUCCCGUUUCUAAUCCACAUAGUAAUAAGCAUAUCAAUUCCGUGACGACGGCAACACGAAGACAUCGCAGCGAAUCAGGAAACCGAUCCAUAUCACGUGAAAUUGACGCGACAGUGUAACAUUAAUAAUAUCAGUGCAAACGACCGUGUAAUUCAGCAACUUCCGGCGGCCACAGUUUAUUACACGUGCUAUUUGAAAGGGGAAGAAUCCUAACGUCAUCAUAAUAAUCAUCGUAAUCCCCCAGCAACGGCAUAAUCACGCCUAAUUUAACGUGUGCACUUAAAGUGGCGGCCCCUGUGAGUUAUAUUGUGAGCUAUUUUCUGUGAUUAGUGUGAGGAUUUCAUCACUUACCGGGAGAGUGAAGAAGGUUUAAUUCAAUUGUGCGGAUAAGUGGUCCCCGCUAUAGCUAUUGGCAGUAUCAUCUUGGUGUGGUGUUUAGUCGCUGCGGUGCGUGGAUAAUAAAAUAUGAGUUCAACGAGGCUGGUAAUGCUAUCGGCGGGGCUGAUCGCUGCCGUUAUGUUGCUUAAUUGGCCCCAGCCGGCCGCCGCCAACGACAGUCAGAACCUGAACCGGCUGCUCAACAACCAGGUCAUCGUCAGCCGGCAGAUUAUGUGCGUCCUGGAGAAGAGCCCUUGCGAUCAGCUGGGACGACAGUUGAAAGCUGCCCUGCCCGAAGUGAUACAACGAAACUGUCGCAACUGUUCCCCGCAGCAGGCCCAGAACGCCCAGAAGUUGACCAACUUCCUGCAGACGCGCUACCCAGAAGUGUGGGCAAUGUUGAUACGUAAAUACGGUGCCGUUUAAAAGUUGGGCGCCGAAAUGGAACUGUCAUCAUGGACUCGUAAACCAAAGUUUCGAUUGUGUUUUUAUUGGUUAGGAAUGGGAAUAUUUUGCUACGUGAUUCCAAAGUUUAGUUUUAUAGAUUGCAGCUUGUUUAGCUUCUGCUGAGAACUACUGUACUACUUUUUACAACGACAUGAUUCAGGUGGUUAUAGGAAAGAAAUAUCUUAUACACAAAUCAAAUGUGAUAUAAUCAUAUCUUCCCAAAAUGAUGAAGAAAACCGGUAGAAGUUGAAAGUCCCAUUUUUCAUAGAUGGUAUUCAGUCACAUACGUAUCGUCAUUUUCAGCUUCAAUUUAGCACAUUUUAUACCAAUUUAUUCCUUUGCUCUCAUUUAUUCAGUAUACAAACGGAUGUGAAACCACUGUUAGAGUAUAGACAUAUUUAUUGCAUUAUAGAUUAUGUGUACUGAAGUGUUGUAGUGUAAUCAAUAGAGAGGAAACAGUUUUGAAACAAGAAAAAGAAAGUGAAACAUCAAUUGUAACGAAAUACAAUAAAACGGUAUCGUGAAAUCAAA